GCGCUGGCGUCAUCAUCGCGCGCCGCGGGGCUCGGGGCUCGGGGCGGCGGGCCCGGCAUGAGCGCGGCCGAGCGGGGCCCGGGCGGCGGGCCCGGGGGGCCCGGGGGCGGCCCCGCGGGCGGGCCCGUUGGCGGGCGGAAGGCGCGGGGGCGGCCGCGGCUGACCGAGUCGGACAGGGCGCGGCGGCGGCUGGAGUCGCGGAAGAAGUACGACGUGCGGCGGGUGUACCUGGGCGAGGCGCACGGGCCCUGGGUCGACCUGCGGCGCCGCAGCGGCUGGAGCGACGCGAAGCUCGCGGCCUACCUGCUGGGGCUGGAGCGGGGGCAGCGCGCGGGGCGGCGCGGGAAACCGUGGGAACAAAUCCCCAAAAUGCCCAAGCGGAAGAAAAGACGGCGGCGCAACGUGAACUGCCUGCGGCACGCGGCGCUGUGGUACCAGGAUCACCGCGGGCGCUGCCCGGCCGAGCCGCGGCUGGCGGAGCUGGAGCCGGCGCUGGGGCUCAGCAGCACGGCCGUGUGGCAAUGCGAGCGCGGGCACCGCUACUUCCAGGACCUGCACCCGCCGCGCGCCCAGAGCGACAGCGACAGCGACAGCGGGGGGGACAGCGGCAGCAGCAGCAGCUCCAGCUCGGAGGCUGCGCCCAGGGGGGCCCCCCCAGCAGCAGGGGGUGCGGAAGGGCCAGGUCAACCCCCAAGUGGGGGGCGGGGGGCGGCACUGGAGGCUGUGCUGUGUGUGGGGCUGGGCCCCCCCGUCCCGCUGGGCCCCCCCGUCCCGCUGGGUCCCCCCCUGCUCAUCCUGGCCACCCCCUCGUUCGAGGCGCUGGGGGGGCUGCAGCUGGACGUGGGAGGGGCUGAGCUGCCCUGCGCGCUGCUGGACGGGGUGGGCGCUCUCCCCUCGGGGCCCCCCCCCGCCAAAACAGUUGUCCCCCCAGAGGAGCAGCAGGAGGUGCCGGGGCUGAAGCAGGAGGAGCCGCCGGUUCCCACGGUCGAGCCCCCCCCGGAGCUCCCCCAGGACCCCCUUCCCGAGGAGGACGGCUUGGCCAUUGUCUACGAGAUCCCGCGGGAGCCGCUCAGGCGGCGCAGCCGGCGGGGCCGCCCCCCUCCCCCACCCUCUGCGGGGCUCCCGGAGCCCAUUGGUGAUGCCCCCCCCCCAAAACGGGGACAGUUCCGCAGCAGCUGCCAGGCCUCUGGGAGGAGCUUACAGCUGCGCCGGCAAACGCUCGUGGACUCGGGCACACGCGAGUUUCCCUGCGACACCUGCGGGAAAGCGUUCAGGCGCAAAAACCACCUGGAUGUUCAUAGACGGACACACAGCGGAGAGACCCCCGUGGAGUGCCAGCUCUGUGGAUUCCGUUGCCGCCAACGUGCGUCACUGACGUGGCACAUGCGGUGCCACGGGGGGGGCGGGGGGGCCAGGGGGAGCGGAGGGCCCCCCCCCCUGCCCUGCCCUCGCUGCCCCCGCUGCUUCCGGACCCCCCAGGGCCUCAAGUUCCACAUGCGCAAGAGCCACCGUGAGCCACCCCCCGAGCCUCCCCCGCAGCACCUUGGGGACCCCUGACCCCCCGGCACCCUGCGCUUGGUGACACCCCAUCACCCCUGCGCCCUUUUGUCCUUGGGCCCCCUUCUCUGUUAUUUAUUUCCUGUUGCCCCCCUGAGGUGUGUGGGACUGGGGGGGCCGUGGGGCCCCUGGCUUUGUCUUGGGGGAGGGUCACCUGUUGGGGCCCCCCCACUCUAUUAAAGUGAUGGAUUUUA